UUAACAUAUUCGCUCGAACGGCGAAGGAAAACAUCGCGAUGCAUCGCAAAAUCGGAAUCAGAAGCCGGCUUGGUUGCCAGUCGAUGGCUAGUAUCAGGCACAGGUGUGUGUCAGGUACCGAUCAUCUACUUGCCUAUUAGAUUUUGUACAGAUUUACCUAAAGUCUAAAAUUCUAAAAUUACAGACGUAUACGUAUCGCUCGCUGUUACAUUGUAUACAAACAUUUCGAGGUCAUUGGAGCAACAACGUAAAUUGCGAGGGAUCCGAUCAGCAAAGGAAAUCACUACGGCGAAGGGGAGCCACCAUUAGCCAAUUAAUACUUGACGGGAACGAUCGUGCAUUCUCCGUAUUGCCAGCGUGUAAAAUAGACGCAACAUGUUCAGGUGGGCGCUUCUUCUGUUGGCUUUAGGCAUCCUACUGGUGCCUGGGGAUGCGAGGAGAGGACGCGCACGACCCCGGAAUAAGUCUAAGGUACAAAUCGGUCUACCAAUCACUGGCAAGUACCGAGACCCCGAAUCCGACCAAUACUACAAUAACAAUGAUGGUGCAAAGAUUCUAUUGGCAUCACAUUUUGAUUUUGAAUACGUUCUGGGCCACAAAAUUGCCUUCUUAUGCACUGCGAAGGGAAAACCACGACCACAAGUAACCUGGUUCAAGGAUGGAGUCGAGAUACUCGCGCACCACAAUUUACACAUUCACGAAUGGCUGAUAGGUGACGAGAAAGUGAAGUCCAAGCUAGAGAUAGAUCCAGCCACUCAAAUGGACGCAGGAGUUUACGAAUGUACCGCAGAUAACAUGUAUUCCAUUGAUCGUCGGUCGUUUAAAACAGACUUUUCGAUUGCUUUCGAUUAAUAUUUUAUUGUUUGUUGA